UUCGACCGUCACUGUUUACAGAGUGAGUGCCAUUUGUUUAUCGGUAGUUCCGCACGUGCUCUGCAAAAGUUGUGCAAAAUUCGGAGAAAAUUUGUGUGAUUUUUUGCGUGAAAACCGACCAAAAAAGGGCUUAAAAAAUGGAGAAGGUUUCGCAGAUAUUUGGUGGUGUUGUGGAUGCCAAGGAAGGGAAUGUGAGGAAGCUGCUUUCGUCCCUGGACGAACAUCAAACGCUGUGGACGGAGCCACAACACGAGCUGGAGUUCUACUUCUCGAAAGUGGGAGCCCUCUUGGGUACAGCUCCAACCCGGGACCGUGGCCUCAUCGCCUUGAGUCAUCUGAUCCCGCAAUGUCCGCUGGACAUCCUGGAGGAAAAACUACAGUACUACGUAAACGUCUGUGCAAAAAUCUGCAAUCAGAAGGGUCACGUUGCCAGCAUACCGCUGGCCUACGACGUCUUAAAACAAAUUCUACUGAAGUCACUGGAGUCUUCCGACCUUAACAAAUUGGCCAUCAGCGUCAUCCCGAAGCUGAUGGACAACAUCACCGGUUCGACAGAUCCAUCGACGCACGCCUCCAUGCUCGAUUUCCUGGAAACGGCCAUGCGCCACUAUCCCGGUGUUACCGGUUCGGCCAAAACCCGCAUCGAGGACUUCCUGUACUCGUUGGUUGACUCCGAAGAUUCGCAGGUCGUCGAACGGACCGGUCGUUGCCUGCUGCUGCUGCAGCAAAUCCGAGGCGGUGGUCAGCAUGGAAGUCUUCACAAGAAGACCUGGGACGAAUACCAGUGCAAGCUGGUCGAUACGAUCCAUGACCUGUUGGGGAAGGUCUUUGCCCACACGCCGGAGACAUUCGACGUGGAGGAGGACUUGGAGUGUCUCAAGCUGCCGAAGCUAGCGACGGAUGAUGAACCGGUCGUUGCUGCCCGAAGAAUCGUGAAUCGCUUGUUGAAUGUGAUAAGCUACCUGGAAGAAGCGAUCGUUCAACCUUAUCCGGUACCGAAGCCCUUCCGCCCCAUGAAGGUGUUGAACGUGGUGCUUCGGGGGCAUUCGGUUAGCUGCCAGACCAUGGCCAAGAACAGUAUUCAGGAGAACCUAGCGCUUGGGAUGUUGCUUCCGCAAGUCCAGGCGCAGCUAUUGAAAGUUCUGGACGCAUUGGUGUUGGUGCUGAAGUCGAACAUGCUGCCGUUUGGCAAUCUCCUGACGGACCUGUUCGAUCAGUGCCUCAAGGGGACGCUGACUGCGGGCGGCAAGGGCCGUAAGAAGUCCUUCAUUUCUUUGCGAACCAAGGUCUACGAAAGCAUUGGACUGUGGUGCGAAACGGCCAAGUACGGAAGUGGUGUCGAGGAGAUUACGGACAGUUUGUUGGAGCACAUCGUUCAGGACGUGGCUCCCUUCGAGCCGGAGGUGACGCUGCAGGUCAACGCCAGUCGCCAAAAAUUAUCCGCCAAGGCGAAAAAGAAGCUUCAAAAGGAGCAAAAUGCUGCCACGUCUCUGGCAAAAACUCAUUCCACAGAUUCGUUCGAAAACUCGAAACAUCUCCAGUCAGACUACGGCAACGAAGUUCUUUGCCUAGCUGCCCUUCGUUGCUUGGUUAGAAUCCUGAAUGCAGCCGGCUGUUUCAUCAAGCCCAUCAUGCAGAAGCUCAUCCAGGAAAAAAUAGUAUCCCUCUGCUUCUCGGUAUUCUCGCAGCUCAAUACGGGCACCCGUCAGAACCUCUACUUCGAUCCGCACUGUCGCAAGGCUCUCAUGUCUGCGCUUCACGCGUUGAUUGUCAAUCCGCACCACAUCUGUCCUCCUCCGCUGCAGUACGGAGUGCAGUUGUUCAGCAUGGUUCAGGUACAGGACCCCAACGGAGACGUCCGUGCCCGAGCUUCCGAGCUGAGUCGUUCGACCGAAACGUUGAUUCAUCCACGGAAGGAAGUGUUCUACUUCCCGGUAGAGGAAAACGCUGUCAAAGACAUGUUAGCGUCUAAGAAGAAACUUGCACUGAAUCCUGCAUUCUUCCCGGCAAAGCGGACCUAUGAUGCGAACAAAACUCCGAUAAGCUUUGAGAAAGUCAAACAAUCGGUUCCCGAACCGGCAGCGACGAAUGUCGUAGAAUCUGUUGAAGACAGUGAAGAUGAAGAGCAAAUCGCUACGGUGGAGGAGGUCACGAUCGAAGAGAAGCAGUCUCCAGAAGUCGUCUACAACUUGGAUGAUGAUGAAAACAGGGCCAACUUCAAUAGUGGUGAACUACAGAAAUCGACGACUGAUAAGACUGUGGAAUCGGCGGCAAUUGAAAUCGAUUCCGAUAAUGAAGAGGAAAAUGAAGUGGAAUUGAUUGAGACGGAUGCGCAGAAGAGCUCGGAAACCCCCAACGGAAAAGCAAAGGACGAUGACGAAGUGGAGGUGAUCGAACAACCGUUGACUACACCGAAGCCAGCAGUAACUCAGAAUGGCAAAGCGGGGUCUCCGAAAAGUUCCCAGAAAAGAAAACCGGAAGCUGUUGAGGAAACAGCGGAGUCGAGUGAGAAGAAGUCCAAGGCGAACGUUGAGGCGGAAGACGUAGAAGCACGCGUAGACGAUUUGGUCGCAGAAUUCGUAGACGAGUUAAACGACGAUGUUUAGGUUUGUAUUCUCCAUAUAAUAUAACUCUAUUGGUGUUGAUUUCA